AUGAAAGACGAGAAUGUAAUUAACAAUCACAUGAGCGAUCUAAAUUUAAUUUCCAAAACACAUAUGCAACUACAAGAACACAACAAUAACAUAUACAAAGUAACGCAGCUACAAAGUAAUCAAAUUAUACAUAACUAUAUAUUGUAUUUGACAAUUUUUGUGAUUUUUGUAAUAUCAAUUGCACUCUUACAAAUCAAAAGCAAUGAACAACGAAGUCGUAUUGUAGAACAAAGGGAAAUGGUACAAAUAAGGCAGAGCACGGGGACAAUACAUUGUGAAGAACCGGCAACAUCGGAAACAACGGCUCCUCCUAUCGCAGAAGAAGCACAAACAUCACACGCAUACACUAUCUACCCAACCCUCAAGACAUGCUAUUGA